UUUAGAGGGGCGGGGUAGGUUGGGACAGUAGUUUAAGUACGUGCCUGGGAAUUGCGUCAAUUUGUACUUUAGCAUUUGAAAAAAGUGCUGUGAGCGUGGAGUGGGGCUGGUGGAGAGUGAGGCGAAUGUGCGGUUUUGAAACCAAAGGACCGUAAGUCCCUCUCCCUCCAAACGAGACCGUCCCGCGGGCUCUGCGGCCGCCUCUGGACUGUCCGGAGAGAACAUGGCGGCGCCCGGAGCCCGGAGCUGCAGCCUCUCGGGCCUGCUCCCGGCUCAGACCUCGCUGGAGUACGCUCUGCUCGACGCCGUCACCCAGGAGGAGAAGGACAGCCUGGUCUACCAGUAUCUGCAGAAGGUGGACGGCUGGGAGCAGGACUUGUCAGUGCCCGAGUUUCCGGAAGGAUUAGAAUGGCUGAACACAGAAGAAUCUAUUUCUGUCUACAAGGAUCUAUGUGGAAAAGUGGUCAUCCUUGAUUUCUUCACCUACUGCUGCAUAAACUGUAUUCACCUAUUGCCUGAUCUUCAUGCAUUAGAGCACACAUACUCUGAUAAAGAUGGUCUUCUGAUUGUUGGUGUUCACUCGGCUAAGUUUCCAAAUGAAAAAGUCCUGGAUAACAUUAAGAGUGCUAUUCUUCGAUACAACAUCACCCACCCUGUGGUUAAUGAUGCAGAUGCCAGCCUUUGGCAAGAACUAGAAGUUUCCUGCUGGCCAACUCUGAUCAUACUUGGACCCCGUGGAAACAUGUUGUUUUCUUUGAUUGGAGAAGGACAUAGAGAGAAAUUAUUUUUAUAUACUUCAAUAGCUUUAAAAUAUUACAAAGACAGGGGACAGAUCAGAGAUAAUAAAAUUGGAAUAAAACUCUAUAAAGAUUCGUUGCCACCUUCACCAUUGCUGUUUCCUGGCAAAGUAACAGUAGACCAUGUUUCUAAUAGAUUGGUAAUAGCAGACACUGGACAUCAUAGAAUUUUGGUCGUCUGGAGGAAUGGACAAAUUCAGUACAGCAUUGGAGGACCCAACCCUGGAAGAAAAGAUGGAAUGUUUUCAGAGUCAACUUUUAACUCACCACAAGGUGUAGCCAUAAUGGAUAAUAUCAUAUAUGUGGCAGAUACAGAAAACCACCUUAUAAGAAAGAUUGACCUAGAAGCUGAGAUGGUGAGCACUGUAGCUGGCAUUGGAAUUCAAGGUACAGAUAAAGAAGGUGGAGCUAAAGGAGAAGAACAGCCCAUUAGUUCUCCUUGGGAUGUAGUUUUUGGAAGGUCAGGUUCAGAGGUCCAAAGAGAUGACAUUCUGUGGAUAGCCAUGGCAGGGACUCAUCAGAUAUGGGCAUUCCUGUUGGACUGUGGCAGAUUACCAAAGAAAAAUGAGUUAAAAAAAGGAACCUGCCUUCGGUUUGCUGGAAGUGGAAAUGAAGAGAAUCGAAAUAACUCAUAUCCUCACAAAGCAGGUUUUGCCCAACCUUCAGGUCUUUCUCUGGCCUCAGAGGAUCCCUGGAGCUGCCUGUUUGUAGCAGAUAGUGAGAGCAGUACAGUGAGAACCGUCUCGCUGAAAGAUGGAGCCGUGAAGCACCUUGUGGGAGGAGAGAGAGAUCCCAUGAAUUUAUUUGCUUUUGGUGAUGUUGAUGGAGUAGGAAUCAAUGCAAAGCUUCAACACCCACUUGGAGUAACUUGGGACAAGAAAAGGAAUUUACUUUACGUGGCAGACUCUUACAAUCACAAGAUUAAAGUUGUGGAUCCAAAAACAAAAAACUGUACAACAUUAGCGGGAACUGGAGAUGCAAGUAAUGUUAUCGGAUCCAGUUUUACCGACUCAGCUUUUAAUGAACCAGGAGGCUUGUGUAUUGGAGAGAAUGGUCAGUUAUUAUAUGUGGCAGACACCAAUAACCAUCAAAUUAAAGUGAUGGAUUUAGAAACAAAAACAGUUUCUGUGCUCCCAGUCUUCAGAUCUGAAAGUGCUAUGGUGGACGGCCCAUUCCUAGUAGAAAAACAGAAGACCUUACCCAGACUACCUAAAUCUGCUCCAGGCAUUAGACUUUCCCCAGUGGUUGCAUCUCCAGGGCAAACUCUUCAGUUCAAGCUAAGAUUAGACCUCCCAUCAGGAACAAAGCUAACUGAAGGAGCACCCAGUUGCUGGUUUCUAUCAGCUGAAGGCAAUGAAUGGCUUCUUCAAGGACAGAUACCAUCUGGAGAGAUAGAGAGCAUUUCCAGUCAACCAACAAUCUCACUGCAGAUUCCUGGGGAUUGUUUAUCACUUGAAGCCGUUCUAUCUAUCAGCGUAUUUCUUUAUUACUGUAGUGCAGACAGCAGUGCCUGUAUGAUGAAGGGAAUUUUGUUCAGUCAGCCUUUACAAAUAACUGAUACACAACAAGACUACAUACCUCCAGUAGAACUCAAGUAUAUAUUUUAGCAAGCUGGCUAGCAUCCCAGUGCCUCCUGUUCUCCAUCCCCACCAUCACUGUGUAAUUUAUAAAAAGAAACUUUAUUUCUGCCUCUGGGUACCCAGAAACCCAUUGUUGAGUUCUAGCAACUGAUACUAAAAUAAAGCUAUGCUCCUUAUUUAUUUAUUAUAGACAAA